UUCGGCCGACCUUCCUCUUCUUCUUCUUCUUUGUCUGCUCUUCGCCGGUCGACAAAGGUCGCCCCUUUCUUCCAUUUUUCCCUUCAGUUUUCGGGAUUGAAACUUGGGUUUUUUUUUUUUUGUUGAUUUAGACUUCAAAGGAGUUAUGGCCCUGGCUCAGUCAACUAUUUCCCCUGCUCUAUUUCCUAGUCGAAGGCAUGGACCUCAACAAUCAGGAAAACACCGAAGGUCGGUUAUAACAAUGGCAGCUCUGCCAUCAAGUGGAUUGAGAAUAAGGAGUUGUUCUGGUUUGCGAGGUGCCAAUUCCUUAGAUAACAUUCUUAGAGGUGGGCAAGAUUUCCGUUCAAAGGUUGCAGGUUCAAUCUCUUCCCGCCGUGGAAGGGCUAGCCGGUUUGUAACUAAAGCUAUGUUUGAGCGCUUCACGGAAAAAGCUAUUAAAGUAAUUAUGCUUGCCCAAGAGGAAGCAAGACGGCUGGGCCACAAUUUUGUUGGCACGGAGCAAAUUCUGUUGGGUCUUAUAGGUGAAGGUACUGGUAUUGCUGCAAAAGUUCUUAAAUCUAUGGGCAUUAAUCUCAAAGAUGCACGAGUGGAAGUGGAGAAGAUAAUUGGACGGGGGAGUGGGUUUGUUGCUGUGGAGAUUCCUUUCACCCCACGUGCAAAACGUGUGCUGGAGCUCUCAUUGGAGGAAGCCCGUCAACUUGGACAUAAUUAUAUUGGAUCAGAGCAUCUUCUUCUGGGGCUCCUUCGUGAAGGUGAAGGUGUGGCUGCUCGUGUUCUUGAGAAUUUAGGGGCUGACCCUAGUAAUAUCCGCACACAGGUUAUUCGCAUGGUUGGUGAGGGUAAUGAAGUUGGUGUUGUUCCUGGAGGAUCAACCAGUAGCAAUAAGAUGCCAACACUGGAGGAAUACGGAACUAAUUUGACAAAACUAGCUGAGGAGGGUAAAUUGGAUCCUGUUGUUGGGAGGCAGACACAAAUAGAACGUGUUAUCCAAAUUUUGGGCAGGCGGACUAAAAACAAUCCAUGUCUUAUUGGGGAACCUGGUGUGGGAAAAACAGCAAUUGCCGAAGGUCUUGCUCAACGUAUUGCUAGUGGUGAUGUUCCUGAGACAAUUGAGGGAAAGAAGGUUAUAACGCUUGAUAUGGGUCUUCUGGUUGCUGGAACAAAAUACCGGGGAGAAUUUGAGGAAAGAUUGAAGAAGUUGAUGGAGGAAAUCAAACAAAGUGAUGAAAUUAUUUUGUUUAUUGAUGAGGUGCACACUUUAAUUGGUGCUGGUGCUGCUGAAGGAGCAAUUGAUGCUGCUAAUAUCUUGAAGCCAGCCCUCGCAAGAGGUGAACUGCAGUGUAUUGGAGCUACUACGUUGGAUGAGUACAGAAAGCACAUCGAGAAAGACCCAGCCUUGGAAAGGCGUUUCCAGCCUGUCAAAGUGCCUGAACCAUCUGUAGAAGAGGCUAUUCAAAUUUUGAGAGGUCUGCGGGAGCGUUAUGAAAUUCACCACAAGCUACGUUAUACAGAUGAAGCGCUAGAAGCUGCUGCAAGGCUUUCAUACCAGUACAUCAGUGAUCGAUUUCUUCCUGACAAAGCAAUUGACUUGAUUGAUGAAGCUGGUUCUCGUGUUCGGCUUCGUCAUGCACAGCUCCCUGAGGAGGCUAGAGAGCUUGAAAAAGAGCUCAGGCAGAUCACUAAAUCAAAGAACGAAGCUGUUCGUGGCCAAGACUUUGAGAAGGCGGGUGAGUUGCGUGAUCGAGAAAUUGAGCUCAGGACUCAGAUUGAUGCUAUCCAAAUGAAAAACAAGGAGGUGACUAAGGCUGAGGCGGAGGCAGGGGAUGGAGGUGCAGUUGUGACAGAAGCGGACAUUCAGCAUAUAGUCUGCGCUUGGACUGGUAUUCCCGUUGAGAAAGUAUCCAGUGAUGAAUCUGAUCGCCUCCUCAAGAUGGAAGAGACCCUUCAUAAGCGAGUCAUUGGCCAGGAUGAAGCUGUCGAAGCCAUCAGCCGUGCUAUUCGGCGUGCUCGUGUGGGGUUGAAGAACCCUAAUCGACCUAUUGCUAGCUUCAUCUUUUCUGGACCAACUGGUGUAGGAAAGUCAGAACUUGCAAAAGCACUUGCUGCUUAUUAUUUUGGCUCAGAAGAAGCGAUGAUCCGACUUGACAUGAGUGAGUUCAUGGAAAGACAUACAGUCUCCAAGCUCAUUGGUUCCCCCCCUGGUUAUGUAGGCUAUACUGAGGGUGGUCAGCUGACUGAGGCUGUUAGACGCCGUCCUUAUACAGUGGUUCUUUUUGAUGAGAUUGAGAAGGCCCACCCUGAUGUCUUUAACAUGAUGCUUCAGAUACUCGAGGAUGGUAGGUUGACAGACAGCAAAGGAAGAACCGUAGACUUCAAGAAUACCCUUCUGAUAAUGACAUCAAAUGUUGGGAGCAGUGUUAUUGAGAAGGGAGGAAGACGGUUAGGAUUUUAUUUGGAUGAUGAGGAGGAUAGCAGUUAUAAUAGAAUUAAGAGUCUGGUGUUAGAGGAACUGAAGCGAUAUUUCAGACCAGAGUUCUUGAAUAGAUUGGAUGAAAUGAUUGUUUUCCGUCAGCUCACCAAGCUUGAGGUGAAGGAGAUUGCUGACAUUAUGCUCAAGGAAAUAUUUGAGAGGCUCAAGGCCAAAGAUAUUGAGCUUCAAGUGACAGAGAGGUUCAAGGACAGGGUGGUAGAUGAAGGAUACAAUCCUAGCUAUGGUGCUAGGCCGUUGAGAAGAGCCAUUAUGAGACUCUUGGAGGACAGCAUGGCAGAAAAAAUGCUUGCUAGAGAAAUAAAAGAGGGGGAUUCAGUAAUUGUUGACGUCGACUCUGAUGGAAAUGUUACUGUUCUCAAUGGCAGCAGCGGCGCUUCAGAGACAUUGGCUGACCCACUUCCUGUGUAAUGCAAUUUUUUUCUGACCAUGUUUGUACCUUUCAUUUGAAGUGGGAUAUAGAUAGUUUUAGUUCUUUCACUAUCAUUCGAGGAAACUGAUGCCUUAAAGUAGAAUUGAAUGCCAAUGAUUGCUUGCUGGUUGUUCUUUGAGAAUGAAUUGUUAUUAUCUAUGAAUGGCAUGCAAAGAUAUAGAAUGCUUAUAGCACUAGGUUUGUUGGCGGAUACGCUUCGUUCUAAUAAAAGAAGGCUGUACGA